AUGGCCAUCGCUGCUGAAAUACUAUAGCCACACAGAUGGUGUUAGCUGGCUUGAAGAAUACAAGGCACGGCACAAGGCUGGUCUAGAAGCCCAGAGAAUUGUAGCUUCGUUCUCCAAAAGGUUCUUUUCAGAACAUGUCCCCUGUGAUGGAUUCAGUGACAUUGAGACUCUCGGGUGCCCAAGUCAUUUUUUUGAGGAUGAACUGAUGUGUAUCCUUAACAUGGAAGGAAGGAAAGGUCUAACCUGGAAGUACUAUGCAAAGAAAAUUCUAUACUUCCUACGGCAACAGAAUAUAUUAAAAAAUCUGAAGGAGUAUCUUCAACGCCCGACUGAUCGGCAGUCGUUCUUGGAGGGUGCUGUUUUAAUUGACCAAUACUGUAACCCGCUGUCAGACAUCUGCUUAAAAAGUGUCCAGGCACAGGUGGAUGAUAUCACAGAUAAAGUGCGCAAAGUCCUGCGGAUGAAAAAUCCAAGGCACCCCAGCUUGGCUUCCAAGGCAGGAGAAGUCCUGAUUCCAGAAGUGGAGCUUCAGCGACAGGUGCUUGAUGCUAUGAAUUGUGUCUUAUAUGAGCAGUUAAAAUACAAAGGAAACGAGCUGGACUACUAUAACUCCCUGAAUUCAUACAUUCACCAGGUUUUGAUCCGCAGGACAGGAAUUCCCAUCAGUUUGUCUGUGCUUUAUUUAACAAUUGCGAGGCAGCUGGGAGUCAAACUUGAACCAGUCAACUUCCCUAGCCAUUUUCUACUGCGAUGGUGUCAAGGAAAAGAAGGAAGCACAGAUAUUUUUGACUACACCUACAUCGACGCCUUUGGGAAGGGGAAGCAGCUGACUGUGAAGGAGUGCGAGUACCUUAUUGGCCACCAUGUGACAGAGGAGUUCUAUGGAGUGGUGACUUCAAAAGAGGUCUUGCAGCGUAUGGUGGGAAAUCUCUUAAACCUUGGCAAGCGAGAAAGCACUGAUCAGUCUUACCAACUCUUGAGAGACUCGUUGGAUCUAUACCUGGCCAUGUAUCCGGACAAUGUGCAGCAUCUGAUGCUCCAGGCUAGGUUGUACUUCCACCUGGGAAUCUGGCCAGAAAAGGUUCUGGACAUCUUGCAGCAUAUUCAGGCUUUGGACCCAUCCCAGCAUGGGGCUGUCGGGUACUUGGUUCAACAUACCCUGGAGCAUAUUGAGCGCCGGAAAGAGGAGGUGGGACCUGAGGUGAAGCACCGUUCAGAUGAGAAGCACAAAGAGGUCUGCUUUUCGAUCGGGCUGAUUAUGAAACACAAGAGAUAUGGCUAUAACUGCGUGAUUUAUGGCUGGGAUCCCGCCUGCAUGAUGGGACAUGAAUGGAUCCGGAAUAUGAACGUCCACAGCCUUCCACAUGGCCCCCACCAGCCUUUCUACAAUGUGCUAGUGGAAGAUGGCUCUUGCAGAUAUGCUGCUCAAGAGAACCUGGAAUAUAACUCUGAGCCACGAGAGAUCCCUCACCCUGACAUUGGCCGCUAUUUUUCAGAGUUUACCGGCAUUCACUACCUACCAAAUACCGAGCUAGAAAUUCGGUACCCAGAGGAUUUGGAGCUCACACGUGCCACAGUUCAGAAGAUCUAUGGUUCAGGCAAGGAAUGAGUGCAAAAGGCAUCAUGAGGACAGAAGCAGCCAGAGUGUAGCUUUACCCUCUUUGCAAAACUUGCGUGGAAGGCAAGUUUGGUGACAAUCCUUUGGCUUAAUGCAUUGAAAACUGCAUUGAACUUUGUAACUGGUGC